CUGACAACUUCAAAAAAAAACCACUAGCAGCAUAACGUCCCUCGGUGACUGAUAUUAUUUUGUCCCCUUUUUAAUGGGCCCUUUUGGUUUGAAAGUAGACUUGUUCCCUCGAUUUUGCUCCGCCAUUCGGUGCGACCACUGCUGUUCUUCCUCAUGAUGUGGAGGUGCCUGUGCUCGACUGGGGUGGACAAGUUGGCAGCUUCCACGACAGAUGAUCAGUCCAAUGACAAUGACCAUCAGUAAAAUGGUAUUAGGGCUGACAAAAGGGCCUUGAUCAUAGCAGGAGAAAAAACUUGUAAUCCAACCUCUGCAUCCAAUGACUGCCUCCAUUUUAUACAAUUGGUUACUGUCAUUAACAAGAGCACAGGCACUUUCUUUGCGAAAAUGGAAUUCAACCAGUCCAGCAAAGCCAUUUCUGGAUGUCAAACAUGCACCUUUAUCGAUGCCUUUUGCUGGGAAAAAGAGCUUUCUGGACUUGCCUGUUAUAAUAGAAGAUGAAUUAGAGGAACAGUUUGUCCGAGGACGUGGUCCUGGGGGCCAAGCAACCAAUAAAACCAGCAACUGUGUAGUGCUGAAGCAUGUUCCAACUGGAAUUGUAGUGAAGUGCCAUCAAACCAGAUCAGUAGAUCAGAACAGAAAAAUAGCCAGAACAAUUUUACAAGAAAAGCUUGAUGUACAUUACAAAGGUGUAAACAGUGAAAUUGUGAAGCAAAAACAAGCACAGCGAUGGAAAAAACAAGAGAAGAAAAGAAAAGCAAAAGAUAAUUUAGAAAGAAAAAGACAAUUUAAAAAUCUUUUAGAAUCUACAGAUGCCACUGAAUGAAAAAGUAACUUGUUGAUUCAUUGCAAGAUCUUUAUUCCUUUUAACCAGCAGAAAGCAGGGUUGGACUGUAUAAUUAAGAGAAGACUUAGCUUGAACAUGGUAACUUUGAAAUUAAAAUGCAAUAAAUAUCUAAAACACUGA